CCUGAAAGCCUGGUCUCCAGGGAAACGGAAAGCGUCAACAGCAACAGUCCAUACGUUCAAUCAGCAAUAUUUACACAUUCAGGCUAACGUUAGUGUUUAUUGGAUAGUUUCCCCCAUUUUUACCUGUUGCGGUUUCGAGGGAGUAGUAGGCUUGUUGUUGCUUUUUUUGGGAUUUAAAAAACAAAAGCGUGAAUUCGUGCUAUUCCUGAUGGAGUGUCUCGGAGUGUCAUCCGUUCAGAGCCUACAGGCUCUGUCGGCCUUGUUAUCAGCGCAGCAGGAGGACGAUGAUGAUGAUGAUGAAGACUGUAAAAAUCUCACAGCUUGUGCGAGGCUGGGUCCUGGACACAUUGGUCCCCCACCCAAAAAAGAUAAAGAAGUGUCAACUGCAUAUGUGAAGAAGAACAGCAAAGAUAUCUGGAGCGAGGAAGAGGUGGCUGAGGGCUCCCAGUUUGAUGAUCUUGCUGACCCGCGGCCACAGCCUGAGUAUGAAAUAAUCCUGAAGCAGAGUGUGGGGACAGAGGAUCUGUUCUUGGGCUUGAACGGAAAGGACCCAUCCUCCAUGUGCUGUGAAGCCAUGCUGGUGAAAAUCAAACUACCAGACACUAAAGCAACAGAUGUGGUCCUGGAUGUAAAAGAAAAGUUCCUUGAUCUACGGACGCUAAAAUAUAAACUGGGUCUUCAUCUCCCACAUCCGAUCCACAGCCACGGGGGAAAGGCUCAGUUCUUCAGUGAGAGGCAGGAACUAGAGGUGACUCUACCACUGAAGCGCCCCAUGGAUUUUAUCAACAUGCAAUAAGAAGGAACAGUGUACAGAGGAGAUGACACACACACACACACACACACACACACACACACACACACACACAGUUUUUAUGUGUCAAAGAAAGAGAUGGUUAGAGAAAUGAUCAGCAUAUGCAUAACCUGUUUGUUUUCAGUAAUUUACGUUCUGUGAAUGUUGAUUUCAUGCUAUUGCUACAUCUGUCCCCAACUGAUUCUGACUAUUAAACUGCCUUUCAAAUUAC